AGGAGCGCGAAUGGGCGGGGCUUGUUCGGCACUGCGUACGUGCGUGACGCAUGGGUGGGCGGGGCUUGUUCGGCGCUGCUUGCGUGCGUGUGGUGGGAGUGGGCGGGGCGCUGAGCUGGUAAACAGAUGCCAUGUUGGUUGCGCAGAGAUGAAGACGUGCAGAACAUUAUGGAGAGAGAUUUCUGCUCUUUAACAGAUUCUGAGGAGCUGCAGAGCUUCAUCUCACACUCGGACAGGACCAAGACUCUGUUCGAGGAGAUCCGCGCCUCCAUCAACAAUAACUCGGAGGGCGAGCGCUCGUUCUGGCGUCCGGUCCUGCCGUGGGGCGGCGUCUUCACCAUCAGAGCGGGACGCAAAGCCAUCGCCUGCACGCCGCUGUACGUGGAGAUCAACCUGAAGAACACCUGCACCAUCGACGGCUUCCUCAUGCUCCUCUACGUCAUCCUGAGAGACAACCACGGCUUCCCCCGAGAGCUGGGCCUGUUCCUGGGCAGGAGCUUCGUCCAGCGCUUCCUCCGCCUGAUGGACUGCUGCGAGUACACCACCGUCAAGAUGCUGUGGAUCUGGGACCGCAUGUCCAAGCGGCAGUACCGCUCCCAGGUCCAGCACACGGCGCUGGAGAUCGACCUGUUCGGGAACGAGCACGACAACUUCACCAAGAACCUGGAGAACCUGAUGUCCAGCGUUCAGGAGAGCUGGUGCUCCAGCUGGAGCUGCCCCAACCGCUUCCAGGAGCACCUGAGCAAGACCAUCAGCGUCAAUCCUCCUCAUGAACUUCCAGAUAAAGAUCCCAUCCAGUCGGCUCUGGACGAGUUCUUCUGCCCGCGGCUGGAGCUCUGUGACGAGAUGAAGUGUGAGGGUCUGAGAGAGUUCGGUCAGAGGUUCUUCUGUCACGGCCCGCCGCCCUUCGUCAUCCUCAACAUGCAGGUGUGGCGGUCGGAGGAGCUGUCGUAUGUGCCCUACCACCUGGAGCUCUCCGAGCAGCGGUACUCUCUGGAGGGAGCCACGCUCUUCAACAGAGACGAGCAUCAUUACUCCGCGGCGUUCCAGAUCGACGGCUUCUGGAUGCAUUACGACGGCCUGCGCAGCGACAACCUGGUGCUCCUGAACAAACCUCCAGAGUUCCUGCUGCUGUCCUCGCUCGUCUACAUCAGGACCACCGAGCGAUGAACACACCCUCGAACUCCGCCUUUUUGUGCCUUCCAGUCGUGUUUUAUGCUCUUCUAAACUUUUGUACUUUUCUAAGUGAUUCUCUGUGUUUUCUGCUGCUUGGAAUCCAAGACUCUGUGAUGGUGGACUAUAAUAGUUCUGGUCGCUCCGACUGACUUUCACAAACACCGGUGUCAUUCACAGACGCAGAUAAAACUCAUUAGAACAUCGUUAAGCACGUGGGUUUCAUUUUAAUGCCAUUUUUUAAAAUGUUACUUUUCUGUAAGGUUUCUGGAACCAAAUCAGUGCAGGAAUAUUCUCUGGCGGUAAGGGGCGCCAAAACAUUUGUACCUUUUACUAAAAGUGUUAUAACUACUGAAUGGAAGGAGAUAUCUUCACCAAACUUGGUACACGUCUGAAAGAGACACGUACAAAAACAUGGCCAAAACGUUCAAGCCUUACUCGACAUGGUUCGAUUAAAAUUGAACAUGUGGGCUCGUGACCCCAAAGGUCUGCAAGAAUUUAAAAAGACAUCUGGGUGAAAUAGUGCUAGGUUUUCUGGUCAAUCUUGACUGAUCCACUGCAGUAAUAUUCUCCAGCUCAAUAAUUAUCUAAAAAAUAAUCAUUUUUGAAUGAAUUUUGUCCUUAAGUUGGUUAUAGCAGGGUCAUUUUAAAAGGUGCAUAGCCAAAUAUAACAAAUAAAUCUCGAAACUUUGUACUAGAGUUGGUGAGUCUUAACAAGCACAAAGUUUCCUGGAGAUCAGACUGUAGUUGGUGCUAUAUCAAAACCCUAAAAGAAAGAUUGUAGAGAAUCGUUCAUCAGACACUAGUUGCCUCUAGCAGUCGGAAAGCUGAAAAACAGUACAUUUAAAUGGUCCUGAAAACACCAUUUUAACCACAAGAUGGCAGUAAAGAACAUUAAUGAUCCUAUUCUGUUCAUUAAUAUAGCUCUUUGUAUUGGUGUCUACAUGAUAAAAUCACCAUGAUAGCGUUGGAUAUCACGUCGUGUCAAACGUUACACUUCAUUUAUCUGGAGGAAUCACAUUUUACAAUGAGAGCGAAACCUGAAAAUAUAAUUAAAUCUCUAUCUGCAACAAAAGGUGUCUGCAUGUGUGAGUAUGUCUACUUUGUAUGAAGUAUUAUAUUGACGAGUACAUGCGUUGCAGUUUUCUUCUUCAUGUGGUAUGAAUCAAGUGUAUUCUUUUAUAAUCAAGAUAUUAGUCGGUUAUUACAUCUGCUGCCACUGCUAAUAAAACUUUGUAUGUUUGUAA